CGGCGAUGUACGCAGCCAUCAAUCACCAACACCGGCAUAAAUUUGCACUCCCAUGGCCGGAACUGCGACGGAGGACGUGAAGGUUUUGGGUCUGGCGCUGAGCCCCUUCGUCAUUAGGGUUCGCAUCGCCCUCCGCCUCAAGAGAGUCGAGUAUGAGUUCGUGGAGGUGCGGUUCGCGGAGCCGAAGAGCGAGAUCCUCGUGAAGUCCAACCCGGUGUACAAGAAGAUCCCCGUGCUCCUCCACCGCGGAAAACCUAUCUGCGAGUCCACCGUCAUCGUCCAGUACAUCGACGAGGAGUGGACCGACGGAAGCGGGUCCUCCUCCAUCCUCCCCGCCGACCCCUUCGACCGCGCCAUCGCUCGGUUCUGGGCCGUCUACAUCGACGACAAGUUGCUUGCUUUAAUUUGGGCUCUGAGGCCGGAGAAGGAGGCGGCCAAGGUGACGGAAUUGACUAGGCAAUUCCGGAAGGUGCUGGGGCUGCUGGAAGAGGCCUUCCCGGAGUGCGGCAAGGGGAAGGGCUUUUUCGGCGGGGACGCCAUCGGCUACCUGGACAUCGCGCUGGGGAGCUGCCUGGGGUGGAUCAGGGCGCUGGAGAAGGACAAAAGCGUCAAGAUUUUGGAUGCGGAGGAGCUUCCUCGGUUGGCGGAAUGGGCGGAGCGGUUCAUGGCGGAGGAGUCAGUGAAGGGGCUGGUGCCAGAGGCCGACGAGUAUCCGAAGUUAUACGCAGCCGCCGUGGCGAGUCAGUGAAGGGGCUUUGCUUAAAUCCUAUGCGAUCAUAAAUAAAUAAAUAAAUAAAUAAAUAAAUAAAUAAAGUUUGAGUCAAGAAUUUUCCUGAAAUAAAUAAAUUAAAUGUGAUACAAAUCAAAUAAA